GUAGCGUUAGCAUUGGACCUGCUACGUGUCCAGUGGGACCGCGAACGCACCAGAGGCUGUUGUCAAGAGCCACGCAGAGGCUGUCUGUGCUGAUCGCGUUAAAGUGAAGCUAACUCCGGGUUAAUCCUCGCGUGACAGUGUUGUCUCUGCGACAUCACGAAAAUGUUCGGGUAUGUGUGGCAGUACGUCUACACGUCCUUCCUGAGGUACUGGCUGAAGUGGCUCCUCAGACAGGUGACGGGGAAAUGUGAACUGCAGAGAAUAUGCUCCAGAUGCAAGCCGGGGGCCACAAGGACAACGAAAGCAGAAUACUCCCUGCGAUCUUCUAGGAGCAAGCUUUUAAGAGGAGCUGUGGAAAGCAGCAAGGAUAACAUAGAAAUAUGUGUGGAUCAAAUUAUGAAAGAGAAGAAGGUCAAACCCCAGAAAGAUCCCCUGUUCAAGCAGAGCCUGCACACCUGUGUGUUACAAAUAACAGGAUACGGACGUCUGUACACAUCUGUGGAAGAAUUGAGAAAAGAGGUUUUCAGCUCGGACAACGCAGAACACGAGGCCAUGCUUUUGAAGCUGUGGGACCUGCUGAUGCCGACAGUCAAACUGGAAUCAAGAUUAACCAAACAGUGGGGAGACAUCGGAUUCCAAGGAGAUGACCCCAAGACGGACUUCAGAGGAAUGGGCCUGCUGGGACUUAUCAACCUUGUGUUUUUCAGUGCAAACCACACAGAAGAGGCUCGACAGGUGUUGUCUCAUGCAAACCAUCCUAAACUAGGGUAUUCGUAUGCCAUAGUUGGGAUCAACCUGACAGAGAUGGCCUACAGCCUCCUGAAGAGUGGAGCUUUGAAACCACAUUUCUACAACACAGUCCAGGGCCCAGCGGAGCUCCAGCACUUCCAUCAGCUGUACUGUUACCUGGCGUACGAAUUUGACAAGUUCUGGGUGUUAGAAGAACCGGAAAGCAUCAUGCAGUUCAAUCAGUACAGGGAAAAAUUCCAUAACGUAGUCAAGACACAGCUACAGGACCCCGAUGUUUCCCUCACAAUGGCUGUCCAUUCCAAAAACUAAGAUAAAGAAAAAGGACUGAAGUGGAUUAACAUGCCCCACCUGAGCUCCCCAUAGCCCCUGACAUUGUUUCGUCAGGUACAGGGAGGUUCAGCAGACUCAGCUGCGACUCCUCAGAAACUCAAACUUUUGUGAUUCGUAAGUUCUGAUCGUGUUAUAGUCAAACUUGGUAGUUUUAAAGUAGAGCACAAAUAUACUGCCCUAUACCUCAGAAAUGACUGUUCGAGUGGUCACCUGUUUUUAAUAAAGGGGGGAGGAGAGCUGCCACUGCAGAGGAGUGUGGUGGCAAUAAGAGCUCUGUUUUUUUUGGAAGCACUUUCAGUAAGCAGACAGCCAAAUAGUUUUUGUUACAGUUGUUGAAAAACACUGAUUAACCACCAUGUUUUUAGCUGUGUCGUUUGUAUUUGUUCUCACAGUUGUCCUGCUCAGGAAUUUGAUAUUUAUGACCUAGACUGAAACUUCUUUAAUUCCAGUGUGGCGUUCUCAUCUUGUUUAACAUCCCCACUUAUACCAUUAAUGGUAUCUUUGCUAUGUGAUGAUAAUGAUGUCGAUCUAAAACCUUUUGUUUUAAUGAAUUUGAAUAUCUAAAGACUGAUAUUUCUUUUUUGUGAUUGGCUUUCAGGGGGGAAUCAUGUAACGAUUAACACGCCUCACUCAAAACCAAUAAAUACACGUUUGGAUGUUUUGAAA